GCCCCAGGCGAGGCCGUCCGGCCGCCGCCCCUCCUGCUCGGCCGCCGCCUCCACCGCCGCCGCCGCCGCCAUGGCCAAUGACAGCGGCGGGCCCGGCGGGCCGAGCCCGAGCGAGCGAGACCGGCAGUACUGCGAGCUGUGCGGGAAGAUGGAGAACCUGCUGCGCUGCAGCCGCUGCCGCAGCUCCUUCUACUGCAGCAAGGAGCACCAGCGCCAGGACUGGAAGAAACACAAGCUCGUGUGCCAGGGCGGCGAGGGCGCCGUCGCCGCCGGAGCGGGCCAGCCCCAGCAUCCCGGUCCCGCGCCGCCGCCCAGGGCCGCCGGGGCCAGGGAGGCCAGGAAGGCGGCGCCGCGCCGGGACAGAGCCGCCGCCGCCGCCGCCGAGGCCGCGGGCCCGCGGGCCGCCGGAGACGCGGCGAUGGCGAAGGCGAAGGCCAAGCCGGCGGCCGACCCCGCGGUGGCCGCGUCCCCGCCUCGCGCGGCGCCCGGCGGCCAGGGCCCGGCGGCGGCGGCGGCCGCCGCCGAGGCAGAACCCGCGAAGGAGGAGCCGCUGGCCCGCUCGUCGCUGUACCAGGAGAAGGCGAACCUGUACCCGCCGAGCAGCGCUCCGGGCGAGGCGCUGAGCCACGGCGGCGGCCUGCGGCCCAACGGGCAGACGAAGCCGCUGCCGGCGCUGAAGCUGGCGCUGGAGUACAUCGUGCCCUGCAUGAACAAGCACGGCAUCUGCGUGGUGGACGACUUCCUGGGCAAGGAGACCGGGCAGCAGAUCGGCGACGAGGUGCGCGCCCUGCACGACACCGGCAAGUUCACGGACGGGCAGCUGGUCAGCCAGAAGAGCGACUCGUCCAAGGACAUCCGAGGCGAUAAGAUCACCUGGAUCGAGGGCAAGGAGCCCGGCUGCGAAACCAUCGGGCUGCUCAUGAGCAGCAUGGACGACCUGAUCCGCCACUGUAACGGGAAACUGGGCAACUACAAGAUCAAUGGCCGGACGAAAGCCAUGGUUGCUUGUUAUCCAGGCAACGGAACGGGUUAUGUACGUCAUGUCGAUAAUCCAAAUGGAGAUGGAAGAUGUGUGACAUGUAUAUAUUAUCUUAAUAAAGACUGGGAUGCCAAGGUAAGUGGAGGUAUACUUCGAAUUUUCCCGGAAGGCAAGGCCCAGUUUGCUGACAUUGAACCCAGGUUUGAUAGACUGCUGUUUUUCUGGUCCGACCGUCGCAACCCUCAUGAAGUACAACCAGCAUACGCUACAAGGUACGCAAUAACUGUUUGGUAUUUUGAUGCAGAUGAGAGAGCACGAGCUAAAGUAAAAUAUCUAACAGGUGAAAAAGGUGUGAGGGUUGAACUCAAUAAACCUUCUGAUUCAAUCAGUAAAGACGUCUUAUAGAGCCUUUGAUCCAGCAAUACCCCACUUCAUCUACAGUAAUUAUUGACGCUAUUUGUUAACUUGUGAAUACGAAUAAAUGGGACAAAGAAAAUAGACCACCAGUUGGCAAUUUAAAGAAACAAACAACUUUUUUGUGUUGCAUCAAAACGAAGAUUUUGACUGUGUGGCUUUGUACUGCAUGAUUGACUCCAAACCUGUGAUGGGAGGAAUAUAAGUUAUCAGCUGAAAGUGGUAUUUACACCUGGACAUGAAAUAAGUGCCCUAGGUAGAAUUUUUUCAUUCUUAUAUUUUGCCAGAUCUGUCAUCUAGCUGACUUCAUUUCAUCUCUCCCUUUUUUAUAUAGUCAAGUUUGAAUUUGAAGUAAUUUUUAUAUGAUCAGGUACAAUUUAUCAAAACUGAAUUGAGAAAAAAAUUACAGUAUUAUUCCCCAAAAUAGCAUCAAUCUAUUUUUGUAAACCUCUUCGUACUAUUAAAUUUUGCCCUAAAAGGCCUCUUAUAAUGAUUGUUGCCAGUGACUAAUGAUUACUUUAAUUUUCUUUUUACUUAAAAUAAGAAAAGGAGCACUUUAAUCACCACCUGAAAAAUCAGAUUGUUUUGUAGUCCUGUCUUACACUAAUUGAACUCUUAAAAAUUGCUGCUGUUGUUUUUCUGACAUUGUUAAUAGUGAAACAUAACAGUAAAACCAUCACCGUUUACUACCAAUAACUUUUAGUUCAUGUUUUAUAAGAAAAAAUACACAGUAAAAAGGUUUUAUCUUUUAAGUUACAUUAAAAAAAAACUAAAAUGACUGGCACUAAAUGAACUUGAGGUUAUCCUCAGCAUCCAGUUCCCAAGAUAAAGGGCUUUCUUAUGCUUUCAGGUAUAUAUAUCCUAUAGAUGUAGAAGAUACUGUCCCCUUUCCUAAGGCUUUUCCUUUUGCUUCCCAUCAAGUUGAUUGUACUUUCAAUUUUGCUGUUACGUUUUCUUCCUACUCCUGUGCCCAUCUGGUCAGCAGAUCAGAACCUCGUUCCCGUUGGGUGGCGUCAAGGGGAGACUGUGCGCAUCCAGACUGAACGGUGUUGUUACAGACUUAACGUUAGCGACGCCUCAGACCACUGCUGACACACUCCCCAGACACAGCGCCCUUCGUCAGCACCGAAAGAUGGGUGUUUAGC